AUGACUGCCCUUUUAGUCAAUUUUCUCCUCUUCCUUACCAGUAUAUAUGCUAUUCAGGCUUCUAAUCUGCAUGUCAUCGGAAUUCGUGGCGCUAUCGAUGAUGCGGUUAUGCGCUUUGAACGCUCCCUGCAAAUCUUCAACUACAAAUACACAUUCGCAGAUCUCUCGGCGAGUGGCAAAGUGACUACGGAGAUUCCCUUUGCAGAUAAGGUUAAGGCUCUGAGAGAACUUGUCAGUGCAAUCGAUACCGAUUAUAUCCUCGUUCUCGACAGCCAUUCCUCGCUGUUGCUCAACACACCAUACGACUUUCUGAUUCAGGCUGAUAAAGUCGGUGCAGAUUUUCUCUUCGUUAAGAAAGACAAAGGCACUAGUAAAAACGUACCAGCUGAAGACGACAUCUUUGCUGGCAUGUUGUCUAAAACGGUCAAGCUAAAGGAAUUGUUGAAGACUUUACCGGAAGAUAUAUCUUCUGAGGAUCUGAUUGAUAAAUUCCUUUCAGAACUAUCGGAAAGCAACUCAAAAGUUGAAAUCGAUUAUGGUUGCGUUGUUUUCCAAUCCGUUGAUAAAGAUUCAGGAGACCACUUAAAAGUCCGAUAUGAUGAGGAUCGUGGCUUCGUGCAGAAUGUUCAUAAAGACUCCAUUCCAAUUGCUCUGAUUGCAGCAUCGGAUGGAAAGAAAAACUUGAAUGCUCUCUCAAACUAUUUGGCUCGAGCCUGGUCACCUGAAUCUGGUUGCCAGAUUUGCGAAGAAAAGCUUGACCUCUCUCAACUUGACGAAAGUGACUACCCUCUAGUUCAAUUGAGUGUUUUAAUUAACGAACCUACCCCUUUCUUGGAUGUAUUCUUUGAACAUCUGGCCAACUUAACCUAUCCAAAGAAUCGCAUCGAUCUGGUCACUUUCUGUUCUGUGGAGGCACAGAAACCAAUUAUCAAUGAAUUUAUAGCCAAGAAAUCGUCCCAUUAUCAUUCAGUGAAGGAAAUGAAACUUCCUGCUAGUGCAAGCCCUUACGAUGCCUUCCUUGAACUUUUAUCAUUCUGUUGGGAGAACACUGAAUGCAAUUACCUCUUUUAUGUUGAGCCUACUGCUCAGCUAAAUAAAAAGGAUACCUUGGAACAUUUAAUAUCCUCGAAGCGCAACGCUGUUGCCCCAAUGAUGACCCGCUACAGAAAAUUCUGGUCAACAUUCUGGGGAGCCCUAACCGAAGAGGGAGCCUAUUCUCGUUCCGACGAUUACUUUGACAUUGUCGAACGUCGUCAAGAAGGUCUAUGGAAUGUUCCAUUUAUUGGGGGAUCAAUCCUCUUCUCACGAUGGGCAGUUGAACAGUUGAAGGACAGCCUAGAAGAUAGUGGUUUCCUUCUAUAUGACAUUUCAAAUGCUGCUAUUCACCGCAAUCUUUUCCUUUACGUUGACAACCGUGAAGAAUUCGGUCAUUUAACAAAUCCAGAAACCUACAAUACAACCCAUCUACAUAACGAUUUGUGGCAAAUUUUUGAUAAUCCUUUGGACUGGGAAAAGAAAUACAUUCAUCCCCUUUACCACAAAUUUGUCAACGCCUCGAUAACUAAAGAGGACAUCGAACAACCUUGUACUGAUGUUUUUAUGCUUCCAUUGAUGUCAGAGACUUUCUGCAAGCAGCUCAUUGAAGAGGUUGAACACAUUCGCCAGUCGAUUAUUGGUCUUGAAAAUGGUAAAGAGGCAGCACCUAGCAACGAUAUUCAUAUGAGCCAGAUAGAUUGGGACAGUCACUGGAUACAAGUGCUACAGAAAUACAUUUAUCCCAUCCAAUUGAAACUCUGGGAAGGUUAUAGCGACAAGCCCACAGCAGAAAUGAACUUUGUUAGGCGUUACCAGCAAGGUGAACAACCUUAUUUGAAGAACCGUAAUGAGCUCUCAACUUACAACAUUGAUAUGCCUCUUAAUAGUGCUCAUGUGGACUACACCGGUGGUGGUGUGAGAUUCCCACGAUACAAUUGCUCUCUAGUUGAUACCCCUGCUGGAUGGCCUUUAAUCUUUCCAGGCCGCCUUACCCACAUCCACGAGGGUUUGGAGAUUACUGAUGGCAUUCGAUACGAUUUCGUUUCCUUUGUUAACCCCUAA